AUGCUUACUUCAACAAACAAAGCGAAGACCUACUGGGAGAGGAAUUGGAGGUCAACUGGAUCACACCUCAGCUGCCUAUGUGAGGAAAAACUACAAACUUUCAGGAAAGCAACACUGGAAGAUCCAGAGAUACAACUGCUGAGAGAGACCACAAUGAAAGGAUGGCUCAAUGAGAGAUCAGCUGUUGUGAAAGAAAUCCAGGCAUACUGGUCAUUCAAUGAAGAGAUCAGCUACUCAUCAGGCUUACUGUUCAAAGCUGCAAAGCUGAUAGUGCCAAGUCAACUGAGGCAAGACAUGUUGGAGAAAAUCCACGAAUCACACCUGGGAAUCAUCAAAUGCAAGGAAAGAGCCAGGGGCAUUCUCUAUUGGCCAGGAAAACCUUGGGCUAAGAUAGGAACGGACCUCUUCCACUACAAUGACUCAGAGUACUUACUGUGUGUAGAUUACUACUCCAAAUACCCUGAGAUCACAAAGCUGAGUGACACGACAAGCCAUGGUGUUAUCACCGCAAUGAAGUCCACAUUCGCGAGACAUGGCAUCCCAGAUGUGGUCAUUUCUGAUAAUGGUCCACAAUAUGCCUGUGUUGAGUUCAAAUGUUUCGCAGAAACCUGGGAGUUUCAACACACCACUUCCAGUCCUGGACACACUCAGUCAAAUGGACAAGCGGAGAGAACUGUACAAACGAUCAAGAGUCUCCUCAAGAAAGCAAAAGGUGACCCGUACAUCGCUCUUCUUGAGUACCGCAACACUCCACUAGAUGGUGUGGGUUUCUCUCCGGCUCAGCUGCUCAUGGGUCGUCGACUGAAGUCAAAGCUGCCUACCUCCACCACACUGCUGACUUCUGAAAGCAAGAUCAAUGUACACGACAAACUAAAAGAAAGCCCCAGGUUGUUAGAGAGCUCAGUGCUCAAUGCUGAAAUGAAGGAGGGAGAGAUUCUGCCUCCUACCAUUCAGAGGCUGAUGAAAGGAUACAACAAGUACCUCAGGCCUUUCUUUGACAAUGGACCUGUAACAGUGGGCAUGAGUUUGGACAUUGCCAGCAUUGACACCAUCUCAGAGAUCAACAUGGACUACACCGCCACCAUUUUCCUGCGCCAGCGCUGGACUGACGAGCGCUUGGUUUUUGAGGGCAACAAGAGCCUGAGUCUGGACGGGCGCCUAGUGGAGCUGCUGUGGGUACCCGACACCUUCAUCGUAGACUCCAAGAAGUCCUUUCUUCAUGACAUCACAGUGGAGAACAGGCUGAUCCGCAUCUUCCCCAACGGGACCGUCCUCUACGCUUUGAGGAUUACCACCACUGUGGCCUGCAACAUGGAUCUCACCAAAUAUCCCAUGGACAAGCAGACCUGCACACUACAACUAGAGAGCUGGGGCUAUAACAUCAAUGACGUCAUGUUUUAUUGGACAAGAGGGAAUGAGUCGGUCAGUGGCUUAGACACCCUGCGGCUGGCUCAGUACACAGUAGAGGACCACUACACCUCUGUCUCAGAGGCCAUCUAUGAAACUGGCCACUACCCGAAGCUAGUCUUCCACUUUGAACUGAAGAGGAGCAUCCUGUACUUCAUCCUGGAGACCUACGUCCCAUCCAGUCUGCUGGUGGUCCUCUCCUGGGUGUCUUUCUGGAUAUCACAGUCCUCUGUUCCUGCACGCAUUUGUAUAGGAGUGACCACUGUAUUGACCAUGACCACUCUGAUGAUGGGAGCCAGGACGUCUCUGCCCAAUGCUAACUGCUUUAUCAAGGCCAUAGACGUCUACCUGGGAAUCUGCUUCAGCUUCAUUUUUGGAGCGCUCAUUGAGUACGCCGUGGCCCACUUCUGCACCCUCACCCACACGGACUCCAACAUGCUCAUGUACGGCGACCACAUGCGUGACUUCGACGAAGAGAUGAACGGCAUCGUCACCACCAUCUCCAGUGAAUCUGCCAGGGCCAAGAGGAGAAAGGAGACCACUGCAACUCCUGUGGCCCCCCCCACCUCCACAGAACUAGUCGCUGUCAGCCCCUCAGGCAGCGAGCCCAACCCGGAGGGGCCACCCGAGGAGCCCCCAAACUGCUGCGUCACGGCCCUGGCUGUCGUCCGCAAGGUUGUCCACCGCUCUGUAAACUGCUGUCAUGUGGAAAACCCCCACUACAUAGACAACUACUCCAGAGUCACCUUCCCACUUUCCUUCGUCAUGGUCAAUUUGCUCUACUGGACAUACUACCUAUAUUUUUAGCACUCACAAGGGUGGAUCAUGUGCACCGGUGUG